AUGUGGUUGAAGCACCGAGAAUUAUUUCUGCAGGAAAUGAUCCGUCUUGAAGGAAGAUGUAAUAGACUUUCCGCUCAAUCUUGCUCAGAGUGUAAUUGUCCCAGCACAGAGUACAGGUGUUGGGACUGCUUAGGGUCAGAGAUCUAUUGUUCACCUUGCAUCCUGUUGGCUCAUAAAUGGAAUGGUCAAUACUUCGAGCGAAUCUCUCUGAAAACCCUGGGCCUUCGCAUCCAGCUUGGCCACACCACUGGCCAGAUAUGUCUUAAUCCUCAUCGCGCAUUCAAUGAUGAUUUUAUUGUUGUCGAUACCCAUGGCAUACACGAAGUAUCUCUCGACUUCUGCAAUUGCGCAACAGCCCAAAGCCAUAUACAGCAGCUACUUCAAAUAUUGUGGUUUCCUUCAACAACGUCAGAUCCAAAAACCGCUGCGACAUUCUGUGUUCUUGAACACUAUCACCUACUCUCAUUUGAGUCAAAAGUAUCUGCCUUCAAAUUUUAUAAUGCGCUCAACCGCAUGUCUGAUAACACUGGCUUACUUCCCAUCAAGGAUCGGUAUGAUUCAUUUACACAGAUGAUAUGCGAGUGGCGCCACUUGAAGAUGCUUAAGUGCUUGGGGCGAGGUCACGAUCCCAGUGGUGUAGAUGGGACAGUUGAGGGCGAAUGGAAGAAUCUCCCAGCUGGUUGGAAAGAUGCUCCUCGACAUACUGUUAGGUGGUUAUAUGGAUUAUUCCUCACUAUAGAUGUGAACUUCCGCUUAAAACGCAAGGCUGUUUCAAGUGACAGUGUUGACCCAAGCCUGAGUUGUGGCUGGGGAUAUUUUGUCGAGGACAAAGCAUAUAAAGAUUUCUUGCACAGCGGUGCGGACAGUAAAUCAACGUGUUCAAGUCACAAUGCUGUAAACAUGGCCGAUACAAAAUAUAACCGUGGACUCGCUACCACUGGUUUAGGUACUGUCGACUGUGCCUGCCACAACAUGAAACUGCCCAAUGCCGUUGGGGAUCUUCAAAAGGGUGAAAGAUAUAUUAACAUGGACUACUUGUUUUUCUCAGCACUACGUCAUACUGUACUCAACACUCUCAAUGUAUCCUAUGACAUCGCAUGCCAGUGGCACAAAAAAUUAUGGCACCACAUGAGUGCCUUUCCGGUUUCGAUGUAUCUCUCGCAUGCCGUCAAGACAAUCUCAUUUUUAGUGCCAAAGUUCCACCUUCCCACUCAUAUUGAGCAGUGCCAAACAUCAUUUUCAUUCAAUUUCAAGAACGGGGUAGGCAGGACUGAUGGAGAAGCACCAGAACACACCCUUGACGAUUACUUUGGAGACUCAAAUUGGAAAAAGGUUGUUGGACUUGGUCAUGCUAUGCUUCACAAGAUAAAGAAUGCAUUCCCAGAGCAUGAGAACCAUCGUGAAGCAUUCGAGGACCUCGAUGAUGGUUUGCAAGGCGAAUAUGGUCCCACCCUCAAACAAUGGAGAGAACAAGUGGAGGCUUGGGAGGAGGACGAGAUCAACCUUCAAACAGGAACUUGCCUUGCCCUACACGAGGAUUGCACCCCUAGCAUAUUAAUCAGUACUGGCUUAGAACUUGAGGAACAACAACGGCGAAUGAAAGCAAACAGAGCUGGCCUCAGAGUUCACGCAACAGAUAAUCAAGAAGGAAAGAUGGUUCAGCAAAGCAACACUCUCCGAUGGAGGAUUGAUACCUGGAUGAAGAUGCAGGAACUAUACAUGCCGUCACUCGCUGCGCUACAUGUGAGCGAGAGUUCAGUAUCUGGCAGCAUGACUGCUGCACCAGAAGCAAUCAAGCUCUGGCUGCCAUCCCAGAUCAGCAGGAAUGCACCUUGCAACAGCCGCCUCCAGGCCAUCGAAUGGAAGCUGCGGUAUGCACAAGGUCACCAUGCACUUCGCUCUCUGUGUUCAAACUUACAUGCUCAGACUGCAAUCCUCAAGUACAAAGACCGCAACCUCCAUGGACAAGGAGCAAACACAAGGGCACGGAAUACAUUGAAAGCUGUUCAGGCAAGGAUUGAGGCUGCUGCCAGCACUUAUGAGUAUGCGCAUAAAGCCCUUGUGAUUCUUUCACCACGAGUGAAUCAGACUGGGGAACGGGCGAUGCGCUGGGCAGAAGAGGUGGAAUUGUUGAAGGAGGAGAUGCGAAGGAUUCUGCAAUUUUUGGAAUGGGACGCGCAGCACUGGGACGAGCGGAGCCUGGAAAACACGUUAGAGGAUGCAGGUGAAGAUGAACGCGAGGGCCGUAUGGCAUAUGCCAAACGUCAAGCUUCCUUACGUCGAAUGCUUGCUGAGUCCUUCAAGACCAGCUGGACCAACACCUUGGCACUGGUAGACACAUUUGACCACAACUCGCUCAUUGCUCAGCAAGACAUGGACAUGGACACAUAG